CUUCGCCGACCUUCGCGUCUCUUCUCUGUCCCCACUUGUGGCGGCGUGGGGCGCGACUCGCGGCCCCUCAGCUGAGUUCCUUUCCUCGCGGCUGGGCUGACCGGCGGGGAUGUCCGCUUAUUCCUGCCAGGCCAAGGCCUGAGGCCGUGGUUCAAGAAGGGCUGAGCGUCUGCUGCCUCGGUGGGGGUGGUGUUUCUGCCCAUUUUACCUCCUGCUCCGGCUCCCCCGUCCCUCAAGACUUCCCUGGCUUUUGGGGAAGCCUCCCAGUCUGUUAAAACGUGGAGGUCUGGCCGCGCCAAAAGUGAGCCUGGCCUGUGAGGACCGAACAGUGUUGGGUCACCGCCAGCUUCUGCUGUCAGAAGCAGCAGUUGCAGCAGUGGGACCAAAAAAAUUUCAAGACGUGUGCCCCUUUUCCCAUGUAAAACAAGGAGACUUGGAUCGUGUUCACUCAGAUUCCCUUUAUCUCUCACGUCCAGUGAGCCGACAGUUGCAUUCAACUUUAAGGAAGAGCUCCCGGUGCCGUGGAAAAUUGGCUGGAGUCAGCAGGCCUGGAGUCUAGCCGUGGCUCGCUGGUGAUACUAGAAAUCUCUUUUCUAGGCUGAAUGUAUCUUUAUUUCAGAUUACAGCAUUGAAUUGGGAGAUCUUUUAGGGCUUUUCUAGCUCAAUAAGUACGUUUCUCUGAGCCCGUUUCCCCACAAAUAAAACCAGAGGGUUCCAUUUGAUGACUCUUGGGGGUGUUUUGAAUACUUAAGUCUAUCACUUCCAAAGAAUUUGAAGUGGUCUGUGUGUAUAUUUAAGACACCGAUAUGCUUUUGGGACAGUUUAGUAUUGCUGUUUCCCAGAGAAUCUAAGGGUAGGGAAUGAACCGAGGGAGAAAUGGAAGUGAGAGUUUGUAGAAGAAAUGAGGAUUGUAAAACAGCUUCGAGACUAAGUCCGUGUGUCAAAAGGAAAAGGGCUGAGGGAAAGGUGGUGAAGGAGGUGUUUCCAGAUAGGAUUAGUUCCAAUAAACAGACUUUUAUGUAUCCCAAGAACAGCUGGGACAUGUCUGAAUGAAUUUGACCAUAAUUUUUUCCCACCAAGAUUUUGUGUUCUGUCUUUGUGGCCAUUGUUUCACAUGCUGAGAUUCUCUACCCAAUUUGGAUUUGAUUCUAAGUGGCAGUCACAUUUCUUCUCAUGGUCAGAAAUUUUAACACUACAGUCAACUUAUUUGUGUUUCAAAUCUGUCACUAUCUGGGCAGCUCACUAAGACUAAGUCAGAAAUUUUAAGUUGAAAAUAAACUAUGUAUCACUUUCCAGUGAAAAUUGUGGAUAUAAAAUCAAGCUGUGGAUUUGGUUUAAAUCUGCCUGAGAUUAGAUGCCUAUGUCAUCAAGAAGGAAUAUCUAAGCUAAUAAUUUUAUGAAAGUGCAUGGGAAGAAGAUAAGCAGAAUGUCUGGAAUGACCAGUAGUCAGUGGCAUUGGCUUUAAAGAUUUUAUAAAUAAAUUCUGGAAGCUUAAGUAAACCUUAUCUAGUUUUAAAAAAUUCAGUGAAUAAAUACCACUGCCGUUUUUGAACGGUGAGAGCCUUUGCAUUUAUUCUCUAUAUUCUCAUUCUUUAGAUGAGUUUCAUUGCCAAACCAAUAUUUUAGGUUCUUUUAUAAGAACUGCCUUUUUUGGCCAUGGGAUUGCAGUAGUCUUGAGUACUAACUUGGGAGGCUCUUGGAUGGUAAGUUGACAAAUUUAAGAUCUGUGCUUUUCCAUCCAAUUAAAAUGCCUCUUUCUUAAGUUCUGUACUACACUGGAAAGUAAAAUGGAUGUCUGUAAGGUAAAUUUAGGUGCUAGAACCAAUGCAAAUACAGAGUUGAAUGAGGUUUUAAAAAAAACUAUUUAAAAUUUAUUUAUUUGUAUAUUUUUUAAUUUAAAAAUUGUAGCACUUGGCUGAGAGUCGGGGAAAUGUGAAUCAGUCCUAGCUGUGUUCUUAACCAGCUGCAUAACCUUGGAUAGGCCUCCUUGUCUGUCUGGACCUCAGUUUCCUUAUCUGUAAAUUGAGGAGGUUAUAUGAGAAUCUGAAUGGUCCCUUCCAAAUUAAAAAUUGUAAUUUGUGACUGUCAUAGGACACUUGUGUUAUCUAAUUAAGUAUGCUUGGGAUUGUGUACAGUGAUCAAGCAACUAAGAAAGCAUUCCAAGUAUAUAUAUAUUUCAUAGUUUUCCUUUGAGUAUACACUUUUUUAAAAAGUAAAUUAAAUGCAUUUGAAUGUAAUUAAAGUAGUAGCAUAAACCAAAGUAGCCUCAGGCAAACCUUAACGCUGGCAUACAUAAGCUAUAUAAAUAAGCAAGUUAUGGUGAGCAGUUUUCAAGUACAGAAGGUGCAAAAUCCUCUUAAAGGCCAUAGGGGCUAAAUUGUUAAAUUCAUUUUUCUACAUUUCAGGGAAAGAGAUAAACCCUUAGACCCAAGGAAGUCAGUUUUUAUUAUGUUUCUGUAGUUUAUUUUUGGCAUAUAUUCACAGGUGUGCCUAUGGCUCUAUUCUUAAUUCCUUUUCUUUGGGAUGGCUCCAAGAGUAGUACAAAUUUGUAACUCUGUAAUUUAGCUCUUUAAUUUUUUCUGUGCUGAACCGGAAUUAUGUUUUAUCUUAAGUCCACACUGGAUCCUGAGGAUGGAUCCAGUGAGGAUUUUGAAGGAAACAUAAUUCCUCUGACUUCUUUUAGAAUUAAUUUACCUAUUAAAUAAAAAGGAAAGGAUUCAUCUUUUAUUUGGAUUCCUCUGAGGCUAACAUUUCAGUAUAAACUGAUAAAUGCUAUGAGCAUUAUUAUUCAGACAGCCACAUUCAACUUGUAUGGCAGUAACAGUGUAGCAGCCUGAAGAGCAUAGUGUAAUAAGGGAACAGGUAUAUUGUAUCUUUUAGAAGAAAAAAGGCAUUAAAGGUUGAUUUAUUUAUUUCUGGAAGAGAAACAAAACCUCUAGGAUGAGUGUAGUGUAUUUUUGGCUCUUGUUCAUUUGAUUUUUGGGGUCAGCUGGUCAUAUCACCAAAACUGCUGUCAGAACACCCUGACAUUAUGGGCAAAGAAUUUGAAACUAAGAAAACCACCGUUCUUUCUUAAUUAUCUGUACUGUAUAGCUAAAGGAGCCCUGGUGGCACAGUGGUUAAGAGCUCGACUGCUAACCAGAAGGUUGGCAGUUUGAAUCCGUCAGUCGCUCCUUGGAAACCCUAUGGGGCAGUUCUGCUCUGUCUGGUAGGUUCGCUAUGAGUCGAAAUUGACUUGAUGGCAAUGGGUUUGGGUUCUUAUAACUAAAAGUGGAGCAGAAAGAAUAAAUUGGCAUUGUUAUUGUUCUCUGGGCUGCCCCUGAUUUUUGAACAAACAGGAGUUAUUUUUCCAGAGCUCUCAUUUUGAUCAAUAUUCUAUUAGUACCUAUUUGAAACAUCUACCCUGUAGAUUUUUGGUUGAUAAUAUGAGAAUUUAAGACUUUUGAAUAGUUGAAGACAACUCUGAAAUUCAUCCUAUCAUACUUUCCGUAUUUUAUGCACAUACUAGAUUUAUCAGGGCUGAAGAACAAAUGCCUGAUGAUGAUAUUGAUUUAUUCACUCAUUCAGUCAACAAACAUUUUUAGAGAGCCCCCUCAGUGCCAUACUGUGCUUGGUUUUGGGGAUCCAUCUUUUAAUGUAAGUGCUAGUAGUUCCUGCCUUCCUGGUGUUUGUGAUCUGCUUUUGGGAGAUUUACAUUGAGUAAUUAGAAAUAGGAUGAAUGUUUUGAAAUGUAAAGUGCUGUGGAAGCCUAUAAGAGCGUGUGAGCCUAUAAGAGCAUGCUUAAUUUAGUCUGGUCGGUCAAGGAAAGCUUCCACUAGAGAGUGAUGUUUAAUUAAGCUGAGCAGGAUUGAAUAUGCUCACAGUAGGAAAGUAUUUCUGUUCAUGCUUUUAUUCUCAAAGCUGUCAAGUUUUGCCCCAAAUUUAGGUACUUAAUAAGUUUAUUUCAUACAUGUCUUUAUAGCUAGCACUUACUUAAGCCAGGUUUAUCAAAUAUUUUUAUGGAUUCCUUUGGUCAAGGAUCGAAAGACCAUAAGAUUAUUUUUUAGUUGAGGUAAAAAUCUACACCGAAACAGUAAAUUUGAUAAUUUUUUCCUGCUGUGGAUUUUAGUUAAUAGUUGAAAUAGUAUUCCUCUGUGAGAAUGUAUACGGGAAAGGAUGAAGGAUGGAUGGAAUAGUGAGAGCUACUUAAAAUUUUAAGUCAUUGAGAAAAAUGAUGGCCUUACACAGAAGUUGUCUCUAAGGGUGACAACGUUAUGUAGUAAACAGACACGAUCUGAGCUUUUUAAAUACAUUUGCAUGACUUUGUUUUUUACAGCAUCAAGGUUACUGACUUUCCAUGAUGUUUGGUGGUUACGAGACUAUAGAAGCAUAUGAAGAUGACCUUUAUCGUGAAGAAUCAUCUAGUGAAAGUGUUGAUAGCGAGGUGGAAUUUCAACUCUACAGCCAAGUUCAUUAUGCCCAAGAUCUUGGUAAUGCUGGAGAGGAAGAACAUGAAGAAAAGGACUCUGGGAGUUCUGAAUCACCGAGUAGUAAAGCAAAUCAGAAGAACCUAAUUAUCCUUUCAGAUAGUGAGGUCAUCCAGCUAUCAGAUGGGUCAGAGGUCAUCACUUUGUCUGAUGAAGAUAGUAUUUAUAGAUGUAAAAGAAAGAAUAUUAGAGUUCAACCACAAGAAAAGACCCAGUGUCCUCCUGCAUUUAUUCAUUCUAAUGAGUUGGCUGAUAAGAAAUGUAAGAGGGGUAUUGAGAAGCCCAAACCUGAAGAGAGAUCAGAUAUGAUCCGAGAGGUCAUGAUUAUAGAGGUCAGUUCAAGUGAAGAGGAGGACAGCACCAUUUCAGAAAGCGAUAAUGUGGAAAGCUGGAUGCUACUGGGAUGUGAAGUAGAUGAUGAUAAAGACGAUGAUAUCCUUCUCAACCUUGUGGGAUGUGAAAAUACUGUUAAUGAAGGAGAAGAUGGUGUAAACUGGUUCAUCAGUGACAAAGACGUUGAGGCCCACAUAGGUAAUAAUAGAUCGUCUGGAAGAUGGACCCACCGAUACUAUUCAGCCAACAAAAAUGUUACCUGUAGAAACUGUGACAAAUGUGGCCAUUUGUCAAAAAACUGUCCCCUCCCACAAAAAGUCCGCCCCUGCUGCCUCUGCUCUGAGAGAGGACACCUCCAGUAUGCCUGUCCAGCCCGCUUUUGCUUAGACUGUUCUUUGCCCAUGUCUUCCACUCACAGAUGUCUUAAAAGAUCUUUCUGGAGAAAACGAUGUGACCGAUGUGAUAUGAUAGGCCACUAUGCUGAUGCUUGCCCAGAAAUCUGGAGGCAGUAUCACCUAACGACCACACCUGGACCACCUAAAAAGCCGAAGACCCCUUCCGGACAGUCAACCUUAGUGUAUUGCUACAACUGCGCACAGGAAGGCCACUAUGGACAUGAAUGUGCAGAAAGACGAAUGUUUAACCAAACAUUUCCAACAUCUCCAUUCAUCUACUACUAUGAUGACAAGUACGAAAUUCGGGAGAGAGAACAGAGAAUAAAACGAAAAGUAAAAGAACUCCAGAAAAAUGGGGAUUUUCCAAGACAAUUCAAGAGACCUCAUAUGGAAGCAGUAGAUAAGAAACCCCACCGUGAUAUGAGAAAGAGCCAUGGCUCGUGGAGAAACAACAGGUGGCCGCAAGAAAAGAAAGAAGCCCAAAAAGAAAUGAUGAGCAGGAAUAGCAGAGAUGGUGAGAAGCACAGGAAGGCUGACAAGUAUCAUGAAGUGGAUGAGGACUUCCCCAGGGGCCCAAAACUCCACCAGAAGCCUGACCGGUCUUCUCGGCACUCAUCACAUUACCACAGGCCAAGGGGAGAAAAGCUGCCCAAAGAGGCCAAGCGGGGCAAACAUAAGAAAAAGGAGAGAGGCCUGGAAGAUGAUGACAAUGAUAAUUUAUUUCUUAUUAAGCAAAGGAAAAAAAAAAUCUAAGCUCUGAAACAGCUUCUGAUUUGGCUUUCCAGUGUUCAUUUUGUCUUCAUAUCUAGACAUUCUGGUAACAUUUUUAUUAUCAUUAAAUAAAGGGAGUUUUUUUGGUUCUGUUUUUAAAAUCUCAGCCAGUUCUGAAGAAAGUUGGUGGAGGUCUCAAUUCUCUGUAUCCAGCAGGUUAUUAGGUAAGAAAACAGAAAGAUAAACUCAGAUUUCCCCUAUUCCGGUAUGUCAUUUUUGCUACUACCCUAGGAAUAGGAAGAAUUAAUCUUUUCAAGAAAACUUUUUAAGAAAUAUUUUGGAAAAAAAAAAGCUCAUCUAAUGAAAUUUAUCUGAAGUGUGGGUGUGAAAAUUAAACCCUUGAGGGAAGAGAAUGCUAAUACAAAAAAUUCAUCAAUCUGCUUCAGUAUUACUCUUUUUUUUUUUUUUUAACAUUGGAAAGGAUAAUAGCUUUAGUAAAUCUAAGUCCAGCUUUUCUUGCUUCUGAAACCAGUGUCAGAAUCUUCCUUUGGUCAGAGAAUCACAGGCUGAUUGUGAAAAUGAAGGCAGUAUCAUCAUUGGAGGCCUGAGGAGGCGGGGAGUUGAGAUAUAGCAAAAUACAAGCAAGGAAUCCAUUCCAUAGAAAUGUCCCAAGAUAAACGUCCUGAAACAAGUAAAGUCAUCAAAAAUUUUAAUGUAAUCACAGUACAAUUGUUUUUACCAUUUUACAGCCACAUUUCAAGAAGACUGUCACUCAGAAAUCUAGAGAUGAGUAUUGCCCAGCAUUUUUUUUUUUUUAAUUGUUUUCAUGGGUUUUUUAACUACUAUAAAGUUAUACAGAAUUUUUCAUAUUUGUGAAUCUUUUGUACAUAUCAAAGCAUAAUGUUAGAAUAAAAAAAAUAAAAUGUCUGAAACAGUAAAUAAACGUGUCUCUUAGGUAAAAAGAAAAUGAGAGUUUGUAUGACAUGACAAAAUGCAUAAUUGUAUUAGAGAAGUGAGUACACUUAUAAAAUCACCACAAACUAGGGUAAAAAAUGCCCUUAUUGCCCAAGCUCAAGCUCUCUGCCAGAAUAAAGUGGGAUAGAAUCAGUUAAAUAGAACAAUUUUAUAAUGUGAGGUUCUUAUAUUUGUAUUUUAGAUAAACUGCUGCAUAUCUGAUAGGAUCAGCUCUCUCAUCUCUUUGGGAAGAAGGAGGAAUUAUCUC